UGGCUAUUUAGAGCUUCAGUUCCAAAACCGGAGAAACCUUGGCUUGCAGCAGGUGCUUUGAGGUGCCCAAGAUGGGUAACUGCUGCAUGGUAGAGGAGGACGAGAGCGAAACCGAGUUUGUGGAGCCAGAGACGCCUUCAAAGAAGGUUGCACACCGCCAGACCAAGCACGGCGGAGGGUUGUUUCAUGGCGUCCGCGGAGAUAUUGUGCCCGGCACCACCUCAAUGGACACGUUGGAGAUGAGAACGAAGGAAUUGUCGAUGCAGCAAAGCGACUCGCGGAUUAUCUCCAAAUUUUCCCCAGGCCCAGAGAGGCCGAUGCCCGACUCCCUUGCUGCACCGCGCCCGGUGGUCCAUGCGCCGCCUGUGGCGGCUAGUCGCACGUCAUGGAAGGAAGAUGCACCGGAGAAGGAGAUGGGCGGCUUCGAAGCAAAAGACCCCGUUCUUGAUGCUCAGACCAGGGCCAGGCUCGCCGAGCAGCUGCAGCAACUGCGCAUGAACUUAUCCAAGUGCAAGGACGAAUGUGACCUGUUGCGCAUCGACUGUGAGGCUUCAGAUUUGCUCCGCGAGGUUGCGCGCGAUCCCUCCCCACCGGAGAGGAUGAGGAAGUUCAAAAGCCUGUUGUGUCGGUGGCAUCCAGACAAAAACCCGACAAUGGUUUGGGAAGCAACAGUGAUGUACCAGCGUCUGCAACAACGCCAAACUCUGCAGAGAUUGGGGAUGAAGCGCCGUUUUUCCACACUCAUCGGCACUCAUCCGCACUCAUCCGCACUCCACAGAAGGGUUCCCAGACUUGAGGAGUUGGAUUCGACCCCCCAUUGGCCAGGCAAGGGCUUGAUCAGCUGAGCGGCGCCGGAUAAUGCCGGAGACAGAGAGGUGGAAA